AGGCUGCACUUCAGCUGUCAGAGAGAGAGACUGCGAGAGAGAGCGAAAUUGAGGCGAGAUAGGAGAGAGACUGAGAGAGAGAGAGAGAGAGAGAGAGAGAGAGAGAGAGAGAGAGAGAGUGGGGAAAGAGAGAGGAAGAGAGAGAGGUUUCUUCUCAUUAGCAGGAGUCAAUCGUCAGCCUUGAGAAGGAAAAUUAAUGAAUUAAUGAAUGGCACACACACACUGGUAUGUAUCCUCUGCUCUGAGGAGUGGAAGCAGUACACAUUAGUGAGCACAGUUGUUUGGAUCCUCCUUGCCUGAUCAGAGGGGGGAAAGAGAGAGAACACAAGAGAAACAUCACAAGAGAGACAGAGAGAAAGAGAGAGUGUCUCCCUCUGCCUCUCCUGCUUCUCCUGGGCUAGUGGCCAGACACUGACUCUGUUGGAUCCUGGAAGAACACAAGCUGAGGAUACCACAAUGCUGCCUUAGCCAGAAUGACAGAACACACAGCAACACUUUGGAAGGACUAUCAGCAGUAUUUCUUUUCCUUCAUUUGUUCAGACAUAAAGAAGAUACAACAUCCCUGCCAGGCUGCCACAAGAACGACAGUCAGUCGGGACAGACGGACAGAGAGCAGCAGUGUUUAUGCAGCUCGGGCUGUAACAGCUGGAGUACUCUCUCUCGCCUGAAGCAAUUGGUUUUAGGAGCUAAGUUCCUCACUACCUCUCAAUCAUUGAAUCAUAGUCCUGUAGGAUCUCCUCUCAUAAAGAUGGACACAAUACUGCAGUAGUUCCUACAGACUGAGACAGAACAGUACAGCUCCACUUGGAGAUCAGUAGAAAGAAACGGUGGAUUCUUCCCUCUCGGAGGGCUGAGUUACCUGCAAUACCUGUGGUCAGAGACUGGAUUGCUGCCUUUUCCUAUGGAGGAAAGAUUGAUGAUGAAACUGUAUAUCUGAUUCAUUAUAACAUACUCUGGUCAUAGAGCCUGGACUCUACCAGGUGGAUAUUUCCUACACUUCCCUUGGACUUAAGUAGUGAUUUACACUGGAUUGGCUUACUCCCUCUUCGGUGUAUUUUUGUCAGGAUGGAGUGUGUAAAGAAUGUGUCUCUGAUUCUGAGUGUUUUCCUGUUGAGCUCAGCACACUCAGCCCAGAGCGUCUACCCCAGAAUACGACUCUCCCAUAAAGAGUUAUGGGAUCUGAACAGGACGUGGGUGUUUCAGGGACCAGGUCCCUCCCUGCAGCCCCAGACCAUGCUGUUGGACGAGGCCCAUGAAAGGCUGUACGUAGGAGCUAAAAACAUCCUGUACUCCCUCAGCCUGGAGAGAGUUAACCACCAACACAGAGAGAUCGACUGGGCCAGCUCUGUGUCGCAGGUAGAAGAUUGUCUGAUGAAAGGCAGAGAGAAGCCAGAGUGUGCUAACUACAUCAAGGUGCUGCAUCGGUAUAACACCACCCACCUGUUGGCCUGUGGAACAGGAGCAUUUAAUCCUCACUGUGCCAAAAUCAGGGUGGGACACACAGGACAGGUCAGGCAGUUUGAGCUGGAGGAGCAGAGUAUAGAGAGAGGCAGAGGGAGUUGUCCCUAUGACCACAACAGCCCUGUUACAUCCACCCUGGACAGAGGAGAGCUGUAUAUUGGCCUGUACACAGACUACUGGGAGAAUGACGCAGCUCUGUGUCGACUGAACAACCAGAGCUACACACGCACUGAGAGAGACGACAGACAACAGCUCAAUGAGCCUAAGUUUAUUGGGUCGGUGGUGAUUCCUGAUAACAAUGACAGGGAUGAUGACAAGGUCUACUUCUUCUUCACGGAGAGAGGGACGGACGCAGAGGGGGUUAACAAGGCUGUUUACACCAGGGUGGGACGGGUCUGUGCGAAUGAUCAGGGAGGUCAGAGGAUGUUGGUGAAUCGUUGGAGUUCCUUCCUAAAGACUCGUCUCAUCUGCUCUGUGGCUGGACCCAAUGGCAUCGACACACACUUUGACGAGCUAGAGGAUGUAUUUGUGUUGAAGAACAAGGAUGAGAAGAAUCCAGAGAUUUUUGGCCUCUUCAGCACUACAAGUGCUGUGUUCCAGGGCUAUGCGGUGUGUGUGUACCACAUGGAUGAUGUGCGAGCAGCGUUCAACGGCCAGUUUGCCCACCGGGAGAGACCAGAGCACCACUGGACCCCCUACGAAGGCCGGGUCCCCUACCCACGUCCCGGAUCUUGUGCCAGUGAGGUGAAUGGUGGUGGGUUCUCAGGUUCUAAGGAGUUCCCUGAUGAGGUUCUGCGAUUUGUGCGUUCCCACCCCGUCAUGUUUAGCCCGGUCCUCCCCCUCCACCGCAGACCAGUUCUACUGCAGACAGAGCCAGGGGGGAGGAGACUGACUCAGAUCGCUGUGGACCGUGUCCAGGCCCAGGAUGGACACUAUCAUGUUCUGUAUAUAGGAACAGGCGACUCUGUGGUGUUGAAGGUUAUCACCAUCUACAACAAAGACACAGACACCAUAGAGGAAGUGCUGCUGGAGGAACUGCAGGUGUUCAAGGUCCCUUUUCCAAUAACUGAGAUCAUCAUAUCAGCUAAACGGCAACAGCUAUAUGUGGGUUCUGAGGUUGGUGUGGCUCAGGUGAGGCUCCAUCAGUGUGACCUGUACGGGUCUGAGUGUGCCGACUGUUGCCUAGCGAGGGACCCUUACUGCGCCUGGGAUGGAAUCACCUGCUCACGAUACUACCCUGCUGGGGUUUACACCAAGAGUAGACGAUUCAGGAGACAGGAUGUUCGCCAUGGCAACGCUGUACAGCUGUGCAACGGGCUACAGAUUGAUGUAGGGGAGCAGUACCAGGGUGCAGCGGAGAGGCAGGUGUAUGGGGUGGAGAGUAACAGUACUCUACUAGAGUGUACCCCUCGUUCUCUACAGGCCAGAGUCAUGUGGUACAUACAGAGGGACCCAGAAAGAGAGGAGGUCGGAGGUGAUGAGCGUGUAGUUAUCACAACCCACGGGCUGCUGUUCCUGCGUGUUCGGAGCGGGGAUGCUGGUGUGUACGUGUGUCAGACGGUGGAACAUGGCUAUGUCCACACCCUACUGAGGGUCACGCUACACGUGUUGGGAGGGCAGAAGGUUGGAGCCCUGAUACACAGGACAGGGGAGGAGGGGGAGGGAGAGGGGGAGAAAAAAGCAACCUGUCACCUCCCUAUAGAUACCUCUACAGGCCCCCACCCUGGUUCCAACUCUGACCCAAGUUCCAGGCUACAAGGAGCCCUGCCAGGGUUAUCCUUAGCCCCAGCCCCAGCUCCAGGCCCUACCUCCAGGCUGACAGGCCCUGGUACUACAUCCAGGCUGCCAGACCCAGGAACAGGCCCUUCCUCACAGCUGUGGUACAAGGAGUUUCUCCAGCUGAUAGGCUAUGGGGACUCCCAGCAGGUGGAGGAGUACUGUGAGAGGGUCUGGUGCUCAGGGAAGAGACGCAGGAAGACUAAACGCAGAUACACCCAGCCAAUGGAAGUAGGAGAGAGGAAGGGGAGGGGGAAAGGAGACCCACACCGAGCCCCCAGACACACCUUGGACAACUGAGGGGGGAGAGAGUGAGAGGGUAGGGACUGUACAACACACACACACACACACACACUGGGACAGGUAGAGAAUACUACAACCAACAAAGCUAAAAUGUGGCACUGUCUUCUUUUAGACUUGAACAUAUUGUCUUAUUCCUUCUAAUAUCCAGACGUUGUUAUAUUGUGUUUUUCCUUCCCUGGUUUCUGGUGGAAACCUUGCCACUGGUAGAUAUGCAGAGUGUGUCUGGUGGAAACCUUGCCACUGGUAGAUAUGCAGAGUGUGUCUGGUGGAAACCUUGCCACUGGUAGAUAUGCAGAGUGUGUCUGGUGGAAACCUUGCCACUGGUAGAUAUGCAGAGUGUGUCUGGUGGAAACCUUGCCACUGGUAGAUAUGCAGAGUGUGUCUGGUGGAAACCUUGCCACUGGUAGAUAUGCAGAGUGUGUCUGUCCCUGAGUGUCCGUCAGAUCGAAGGCAUGUAGAACAGACUAACUGUUUGGAACGACGUGGCCUCUGACUUUAAGACCACAGAACUGACAGCAGGCCUCUCUGAGCGGACAAAGGAUUCACAGCCAUGCCAGAUGAACACACAGAUAACAGACAUUCAAACAGAUUCAUUAGAAAUAAAACAUGUGUAUGUUUCUAGAGAUACUCUUGAGCUGCUCGUGUUAAAGACCACUGAUUAGUAAAUACAUAACGCAUACGCACAUCAACAAGUAGUGUUUCUUUCCAAUGUGUCUUACUGUAAUUACAUGAUUAUUAUUAUUAAAGGUAUCUGUUUUGAGUUUAGUAGUGCUUUUGAUUUUAUUCAACUGGAAACAGUGCUGUGAUAUUGUUUUACUGUAUAAUUAAAUGUUAACUUUCAUGACGAUGUAGGCGAGUAUUAUCUACCAUACUUUGUCAGAUCGUAUGGUUUAACUUGUGGUUUCACAUGAGAUUUAGAAUUCUAGGUAAGUUGACAUCAUUGAAUGAUUACAUUAAUGCGGAAUUCUAUGUGUGCAGCUCAGAGAAUAUUCAACAAUGAAUAUACCACUGAACAAUAAAAACAUCUUGGAGAAUAUUCUACAAAGCAUACCACUGAACAAUAAAAACAUCUUGGAGAAUAUUCAACAAAGCAUACCACUGAACAAUAAAAACAUCUUGGAGAAUAUUCUACAAAGCAUACCACUGAACAAUAAAAACAUCUUGGAGAAUCUACUGUUGAUGAUGGAACAUGGAUUCUAUCAAAUGGAAUAGAUGUAACCCCACAAUAAAAGUUAUAGGUACUUCAUCUGAGUCUUUAGAAAUGAACUUAUAUCCACAGUGUAUCUCAACAGUGCAUUUCCCCUUCAAUAAAUGGCCAACUUAAAUGUGAAGUGUCUUCAACUGGUAAUUAUAAAAAAUUGAUUGAUGAAUAUUCAUGUCAGCUCCUGCAUGGCUGUCUAUUUCUCUCUCUUCCCCCCUCUCUUCCCCUCUCUCUCUGUCACCGGGGUCAGUAAUGAUGCU